AUGGAAGAGUCGGUUUGCCCCAGCUGCCACGGAAGCCGCUUAAAACCGUAUCCAUCAGCCGCUAAAUUCGAAGGGAAGACCAUCGCAGAAGUCUCUGCACUCUCCAUUGCAGAAGCCACUCUGUUUUUCAAUAAGAGCAGCCGCACUCAGAUCACCGAAGAGCUUCUCAAAGAGAUCUCCGAAAGACUUCGGUUUCUCCUGGGUGUAGGUCUGGGCUACUUAACCCUCGAACGGACAUCUCCUACCUUAUCCGGUGGAGAGGCCCAACGGGUUCGCCUCGCUUCCCAAAUUGGAUCGGGACUGGUGAAUACGACCUACGUCCUCGAUGAACCGUCGAUUGGACUCCAUCCGAUCGACAACAGUAAACUCCUCCUCACCCUUAAAACACUGCGCGAUAAAGGGAAUACGGUCAUUGUCGUUGAGCACGAUGCCGAGACCGUUUUUGCGGCCGAUACCGUGGUCGAUAUCGGGCCCCUUGCUGGGGAAAAGGGGGGAGAGGUCGUCUAUGCGGGACCUGUCCAAGGACUCCUCUCUUGCGAAGCUUCGAUCACGGGAGGAUAUCUCUCUGGAAGAAAGGUCGACGUCACCAUCCCUCUUGGCCUUUUCAUCGCCGUCACAGGGGUUUCAGGCUCUGGAAAGUCGUCUCUGAUCUCCGAUAUUCUCUAUCCAGCUCUUUCGAAUGCGCUCCUCAAAUCCAAGUUGCCUGUUGGAAAACAUCAAAAAAUCGAAGGAAUCGACCAUGUCGAUAAGGUGAUUGCAAUCGACCAGACUCCCAUUGGUCGGACCCCCCGCUCAAACCCCGCUACCUACAUCAAACUUUUCGACGAUAUCCGAGACCUCUACAGUCAGCUCCCAGAGAGUAUCGCCUCAGGCUAUAAACCGGGAAGAUUUAGCUUCAAUGUGAAAGAGGGGUCUUGCCCCCACUGCGGUGGGAUGGGCAUGGUGAAAAUCGAUAUGGAUUUUCUCGAAGACGAGUGGGUGAUCUGCUCCCACUGUGAAGGGAAACGGUUCGAUGAGAAAACCCUCUCGAUUCUCUACAAAGGGAAGACCAUUCACGACGUCCUCGAGAUGCCGAUUUCCCAGGCCGUCGAAUUUUUCUCAACCCUCCCGCACAUUAAAACAAAACUCGAAACCCUGAUGCAUGUCGGGCUCGACUAUCUUCGACUGGGACAAGCCUCCCCGACCUUGUCCGGUGGAGAGGCUCAACGGAUUAAACUGGCUAAAGAACUCGCACGUCCUUCGACAGGAAAAACCAUCUAUAUCUUGGAUGAACCGACGACAGGGCUCCAUUUCCACGACAUUGGAAAAUUGGUGGAGAUUUUACAAUCGCUCGUCUCUCGGGGGAACACCGUUGUCGUCAUCGAACACAACAUGGAUCUCGUCAAAACAACCGACUGGAUCAUCGAGCUCGGCCCUGAAGGAGGCUCUGGCGGUGGAAAGCUCAUCGCAGAGGGUCCACCUGAAACCAUUCGAAAAGGGAAGACAGCAACGGCAUGGGCUCUCAAAGAAGAGUUCACCACCUCUCCCAAAAAAACCGAAGUCCAUCCCCUCGACCACAUCGUGGUCGAAAAAGCCGAGCAGAAUAAUCUCAAAGGGGUCUAUGCAAAAAUCCCCCGUGGAAAAAUCUCCCUUUGCACAGGCCCUUCCGGCUCUGGAAAGAGCUCCUUUGCUUUUGAGACCAUCUACGCUGAAGGGCAACGCCGUUAUGUCGAGUCGAUGUCCCCUUUUGCACGGCAGUUCAUCAAACAGAUGGAAAAGCCGAAAGUCGAACACAUCGACGGCCUCUCCCCUGCAAUCGCCAUCGAGCAAAAAAGUCACGCGGGGAACCCCCGGAGCACCAUCGGUACGAUGACCGAGACGUACGAUUUCCUCCGCAUCUUCUACGCCUAUCUUGGCGUCGCCCAUGCUCCAGAGACGGGUGCUAAACUUGAGACGAUCAGCAAAGAAGCUUUGACGAUCUCAAACGGCAAGGGUAUCUCCGCAUUCGGCUGA